GACGGGGCGGUGGCCGUGGUGGAGACCGGAGCAAGUACUCCUGGAAGCGGGACGACGGCAACAACAACUCAUCUACUUCCAAUGUCGCCUCUGGAUCUCAUGACACCUCGCGUUGGGAUGAGGCUGUGAUGGGGAAGCAGGCGGUGGAUGGUGGGAUCUGGGUGCCCAAGAGCCAGGGAUCUUCUGGAUCCGCUGGUGAGGGUGCGGAUCGCGAGAUCCCCAAUCCCCUUCGUCGCAAUCAAGGGACAAAAGUGAAUCAGGUGGUAUCUGUGGAUGCUGAGAUGGGUGAAUUUGAUGCUGGAAAGGUGGAAUAUAGGGUGGAAUCUCCUGAUACUGCUGUGGAAGUGGAGAGCAAGAUGGAUGAUGUCCAGCUGAAGGCUGUUGCUGCCGUCAAGAAAAGGAAUGUGGAAGGGUUAUUAACAGGGAGGACAAACUGGCGCUGGAGCGGGGGGCGAAGAUGCUGAAGAGGAAUGCGUUGAAUCUGCUGAGGAUCUAUGCGGCCCCGGAGGAGGAUUGCUGAUGGGAGUAGUUGAUGAUGCUCAGUUGCUUUGGUGGCCUCCCUGCAUGGAGUGGUUUCAGGCGUUGACCUAUGUUGUUUUGCUUACUGGUGUUCCCUAAAACUCUUCGGAUCGUUAGUGCGUAGUAUGGGUGUUAUUGGGUUUUCGCCCUACGGUAGGCUGCUCGAUGACGAGUGCCUAUGUGUAGGUUUCCCAAAAAUGCUCUGAACUCGCACCCCUUUUUUGGUUUUCCUUUUUGAAUUUGGACAUUGUAUUUCCGUUAUGUGAGUAAUGGAA